GGGCGAGCGCGAGGAGUCCGGCUGCCGGGCGGGCGCGGCGCCGCGAAGAUGGUCGCCAAGCAGCGGAUCCGGAUGGCCAACGAGAAGCACAGCAAGAACAUCACCCAGCGCGGCAACGUCGCCAAGACCUCGAGAAAUGCUCCCGAAGAGAAGGCGUAUGUAGGACCCUGGUUAUUGGCUCUCUUCAUUUUUGUUGUUUGUGGUUCUGCAAUUUUCCAGAUUAUUCAAAGUAACAGGAUGGGCAUGUGAAGUUACUGACCUAAAGGCCUUUCCAUUCUCCUGUGAAUUUUAACUUGAACUCAUUCCUGAUGUUUGAUACCCUGGUUAAAAAACAAUUCAGUAAAGCAUCCUGCCUCAGAAUGACUUUUCAUACCAUCCUUCAUGUGUCAUUCCAAGGUUUCUUCACGAGUCAUUCCAAGUUUUCUAGUCCAUACCACAGUGCCUUGCAAAAGCACCACAUGAAUAAAGCAAUAAAAUGUGAUUGUUAAGCUACAGUAGUGGACCCUACUUAUUCAGUCAGUAAAAAGUAAGUUUUUUUUAAUGUGGUUAUUAAAACAGUAUACAAUGUAGAUAAUUAGAUUAAAUCUGUGUAGACAGGGUCUAGAUUUUGUUAACUCUAAUGUGUAGAUGCAAUUAGUUUAAUUUAAAAUUCGGUAUCUUAGGGUUUUUAUAUAGUUAGGCACUUUAUUACUAUAUCUUGAAUUGAAAGCACACUCCCAUAUAGGGUCAUGUAACUGUCCUGUAAUAAAGUGCUUAUAAAUGGAACAACUACACAGUUAGCCUAGUUUUCCCACAAUGUUGAGCACCUAAAAAUUUUUAAAAGCUUCUAAAUGCCUAAAGAGAGAUGCUUAUAGCUACAACAUCUAUUUUAAUGAUAUUAUUUCUAUGACACUACCUUGGAUUUUGCAUGAGGGAAUAUACUAACCUAAGAUGCCAUAAGAAAACAGCUUGGUUUAGCGUUUUGUAACUUCAUCAGUCGCUUCAGUGUCGCUGAAAGCUACCGUGGUGGAGUUGAGUCAGGGAAGCUUUGCUUAUGUCACCAUUGAUUUCACCAGAAUUACUUUAAUAUAUCAAGGAGGGAUCUACUAUGCUAGACAACAUUUUAGGGGAAAAUACUACUAAAAAUGGAUGCCUCGUCAGGACAUACUGUUGAGUCCAGUGUGCCAUAAGACACGUUAGCAUGUUAACAGCACUUUUAAUACCAAAAAAGGGCACAUCUACUAAAAAGUGAGACUUAGUUUGGAAAUGCUUUUUCUAGAUUUAUGAUUAGAAUUCUGUUAGGGUACUAGGUAGAUCAGACUCAUCUGGAAUUGAAUGGAUUUACUGAUAAGGGUCAGUCUUUAGUCUUCCCUUUGUUUGAUUUUGUAGGUUAUGAUUGAUCAAACUUUCUUUUUACUAAUGGUAAGGGUGAGUAAUAAGGCAGGUUUUGGGUUUUCUGGUACUAUUGAAAAUUGCAAGCAUCGGCCAUUUAAAUCCUUAGCCAUAUCGUGAUGAAAAAAGCCUGAGAGGUGGCUAUGUAUUAAUGAAUUGGAAAGAAAGCUGCUUGUUUGCUUUGUUAAUUGCCUCAGGAUAUCUCUUUUAAAAUAAGCUAUUUUAAGAGGAACAGAAGGGAAAUGUGCUACCUAGUCUACACAGGGUGUGAACCUCAGAGAGAGCCUCUGAUACCCCGGAGUGUGGGGAGUGAGGGAGAGGAGCUGUUAAGGAUGUUGAGGAACUGGACUACUCUGGAAUAGAAAAGGAGUCAGCUGACCUUGGGCCAGUAUCUGCAUUGUUACCUGCCUUUCUCACCCAGGAAAUCAACCCUUGUGCUUGUUUCCCUCUUUGAAACAAGUGUCUUAGUUAACAUUCUAUAUUAUUGUAACUUUAAAAAUGAAAGUUACUGUAAAUUCAUAGCAGGUGCCUUAUUCUUUGCGUUGAGUCAAACCAUUCCAUGGCAGAAUUUCCCUUGGUUUACUAUAAUUGGCUUUAAGAUGUUGGGUUUUUUUUUUUUAAUACACAGUGUAUUAAUUUGACUGUUAAAUUGCUGUAGCUGGCCAUCAUUCUACAUAUGUAAAGUUGCAUUCCCUUUUUAUUUCAUGUGUGAUUUACCAGUUGAGUGCAUUUUAUAUUAAGGAUGGAUUAUGCAUGUUUGGGACAAUGAAAGCUAUGUCUUAUUUGAUUUAUCCUUUAAAAAUAAAGUUCCGUGAAUAUUU